AUGAAUCCCGGACCAGCACCUCGACCGCCUACCGACCGUCCUAAACUCAACCUCACUCCCAAUGUCUAUGGACAGCCUGGGAACCCGAACCCAAGCCUUCGAAGUCUGACGAACCCCUCUCAAUCGACACUCGUCAACUCUCCCACCACCGCUACCUCCGGCAAAGGCUCCGGCUUCGACUCCAUCACCGGAGAGUUGACAGUAGUCCGAGAUGGAUGGGCCAAGGUCAAGGAGGAGGGCGGCGGCUUCAUGAGCAAAUUCUGGAACGAGCGCUUCCUUGUGCUACGUGAGAAGCAAUUGGACUUUCUCAAGUCAAACACCAGCAACAAGACAUCACACUCGAUAUUUCUGAGAGAAGUGGCAAACAUCUCGCGAUCCGACAACUACCCCUUCAGCCUUGAAUUGACAAAGGAGGAUCAGAAGGUGUGGAUCUUGAAGUUCGACACAGACAAUGAUGUAUACGGCUGGAUGGACAGCAUCUACGACCGCUGCCCGAGCAUGGGCGGCGUGUCCCACCCAACUGGCUUCUCGCAUCGCGUACACGUUGGCUUCGACCCGGUUACAGGAGGCUUUGUCGGGCUGCCGGUGGAGUGGGAACGGCUGCUGAAGGGCUCUGCAUUGACGAAAGAUGACAUGGCUAAGAACCCUCAAGCCGUCAUGGAGGUCCUCCAGUUCUAUUCCGACAAGCUCGCGCCUCGCGCCGAAGAUCCAAAGGCAUACCCUUCGCUCACUCCCACGCCACCUGUAGACAGCGGACGCGAGAAGCAGCUUGGAUACUCAGCUGGUAACAGUGUAGCACCACCGAGACCGCAGCCACCUGCAUUCAACCGACAGGAUAGCUACAACAGUGGUCGCAGCGGCAGCCAAACGCCAGGGGGGCAAUACGCAGGCUCGAGAGAUCAGUCGCAGGACAGGUACGGCCCACCGAAGCGAGCCGACACUGCACCUGUGUCUUCGCUGGACCCACGCAACGAUGAGCAAGAGCGAAGGAGGAAGGAAGACGAGAGGCGACGCGCUGAUUCCGAUAAGCGGCGGCGAGAAGAAGAUGCGGAGCGAAGGAGGCGACAGGAACAAGAAGACCGCGAGUACAACGAGUCGUUACCGAAAGGCAAGACUCCGCUCGCGAAGCAGGAGCUUGGCGGCUACGGUUCAGAUGGCCGCGACUCCAGUCCCAACCAGUCGAAUAGCAGAUACAACGCGACUCGACCUGCACCACCGACACCAUCGCAAUCGAAGAACGGACAGCAGGGCAGUCAAUUGCCGCUUAGGAGUCUGCAAGCAUCUCGCCCUGCUCCAGCGCCACCAGGCCAGCAACAGAAUGGACAGUCGCCGCAGAAGAAGCCGUCCGCGAAUGGCACUUCACCGUACGCGGUCAAGCAACCCGGGCCGUCACCGGCAAAUGGCCAGAGCCAGCCACGAGACUACCAACAGCAGCCUCUUACCCGCAAACCAUCUGGAUCUGGCAAUACACACAAACCACAGCCGUCUGGCGGCCAACAGGUCAAGCCUCUCAAUGUGGCGACAAAGCAGCCAACAGGCGCGCCCAAGGAUCCAGUCAAAGCUGCUGAAGCAGCUCUCACGAAGAAGGAUCCGGCUGCUGACAAGAAAGAGAAAGAAGUGCGGAUGAGCGCCAUGUCUGAUGCCCAGGUCAUGGAGCGCUUGCGGUCCGUCGUGAACCUGUCUAACCCUCUUGAAAGCUAUAACAAGCAGAAGAAGAUAGGACAGGGUGCGUCAGGAUCGGUGUACGUUGCUCGCAUCCGCGAGAAUGCGCCUUCGAAGACCGCGCAGGAUAUCACGAAGAUGUACGGCCCGCGGGCGCAAGUGGCGAUCAAGCAGAUGGAUCUGCGAUCGCAGCCUCGCAAGGAGUUGAUUGUGAACGAGAUCAUCGUGAUGAAGGAGAGCCGGCACGACAACAUUGUCAACUUCCUGGACGCCUUCUUGCAGGAGGACACGUACGAGCUGUGGGUGGUGAUGGAGUUUAUGGAGGGCGGUGCGCUCACGGAUGUUAUUGAUAACAACCAGACGAUCACGGAGGAUCAGAUUGCUACUAUCUGUCUGGAGACCUGCAAAGGCCUCAUCCACCUCCACAGCCAAAACAUCAUCCACCGCGACAUCAAAUCCGACAACGUCCUCCUCUCCUCCCGCGGCGCCGUCAAAAUCACCGACUUCGGCUUCUGCGCCAAACUCACCGAGCAGCGCAGCAAACGCGCCACCAUGGUCGGCACACCCUACUGGAUGGCGCCCGAAGUGGUCAAGCAGAAGGAAUACGGCAACAAAGUCGACAUCUGGAGCCUGGGCAUCAUGGCCAUCGAGAUGAUCGAGAGCGAGCCGCCAUACCUUAACGAGGAGCCGCUGAAGGCGCUGUAUCUGAUUGCGACGAACGGGACGCCGAGGCUGAAGAAGCCGGAGAAGUUGAGUAAGGAGCUCAAGGCUUUCUUGAGCGUGUGUUUGUGCGUGGAUGUGAAGAGCCGUGCGACGGCGGAGGAGCUGGGAAGGCAUGAGUUUUUGAUGCACGGGUGUAGCCUGGCGAGUUUGAGCGAGUUGUUGAGGUUUAGGAAGGGCGGGGGGCACUGA